AUGUGCAUAGAUACGUUGCAACCCAACCAAAACUUCACUGACGGCUUCACCUUAAUCUCCCCGAACCAAAGAUUUGAAUUCGGCUUCUUCACACCUGGUAAUGGUUCUUUUGGUUCUCGAUAUCUUGGAAUUUGGUAUCAUAAUCUUCCUCUCACAGUCGUUUGGGUGGCUAAUAGAAACAACCCUGUUCGUGAUUUGAAUGGAAAGGUAGUUUUACUCGAAAAUGGAGUUUUAAUCCUUUAUAAUCACUCAUUGGCUACUAUUUGGUCAACCAAUAACUUACCCAUCAAAACUACUUUCAACCCCGUUCUUCAGUUAUCAAACUCCGGUAAUCUUGUAAUCAGAGACGAUGGGAGAAACAACACCAUUUUCUGGGAGAGCUUUGAUUAUCCAACUGACACAGUUUUACCAGAUUUGAAACUAGGGUGGAAGUUAGACGUUGGAUUACAAAGGUUGAUUAGAUCUUGGAAGAGCAUUGAAGAUCCUUCAGAUGGUGAUUAUUCGUUUAGCCUUGAUCCACCGGAAGCUCCGCAACUUGUUCUUCGAAGUGGUUCACGAAAACUUUUCCGAUGGGGUCCGUUUGAUGGGACGUCGUUUAGUGGUAGCACUACUUUGACUGUAAAUCCAUUGUUCCAAUCUACAUAUGUUUCAAAUUCUGUAGAGCUUUACUACGAAUACGAAAUGUUGGAUGAAUCGGUUUUAUCUAGACUUGUAGUUUCAUCUUUGGGUUUUCUUCAGUAUUUUACAUGGAGGGUGAACAUCAGUAAAGAAUGGAACCUUUUGGUAUCAUUCAACACUGAUCCUUGUGAUAGCUAUGGGAAAUGCGGUUAUUAUGGGAUUUGUUAUUCGUUAAGUAGUUGCAAGUGUUUGAGUGGGUUUACACCCAGUUUGCCACUCGACUGGGGUUUAUUUAGCUAUUCAGGUGGGUGUAAAAGGAAACAUGAACUUGAAUGUGGACAUGGAGAUGGGUUUGUGAAAUACGAUGGGUUGAAAUUUCCUGAUAAUCCAACUGUUUGGUCAAAUUACACGGAUCAUGAAUGUGGAACAAAAUGUUUGGAAAAUUGUAGUUGUAUGGCUUAUGCUAACGUUAAUGUUUAUCGAAAUGGUAGUCUUUGCGUUGUGUGGAUUGGUGAUUUGAUUGAUAUGAAGAACUUUCCUAAUGGUGGAGAGAAGAUCUACAUACGAAUGUCACGCUCUGAAUUACAAUCCAUUGCUGAUGCGAAGAGGAAACGUGUAACAGUGAAGGUCGUCAGCAUAGUUACAGUUCUUGGAUCGCUGCUUCUAUUCAGUGGUGCAGUAUGGUACCUCAGUUGGGUAACCAGGGUGAAAAGAAAAGAUCGAAUAAGCAUGAACUCUAAAGGUCAACGAAGUGGGAGUUUUCAAUAUGUGGAAGAUAACCAAGAUGAAGGAUUUAAAUUGCCUAUUUAUGAUCUUGAUACCAUUUUACUUGCAUGUAACAAUUUUUCGGAGAGAAACAAGAUUGGACAAGGCGGUUUUGGUUCUGUGUAUAAGGGUCAAUUUUCGAAUGGGCAAGAGAUAGCAGUUAAGAGGCUUUUAGAGAAGUCGAUACAAGGCGUUGAAGAAUUGAAGAAUGAAUUAAUUUUGAUCGCAAAGUUACAACAUCGUAACCUUGUCAAACUUUUGGGUUGUUGCAUUGAAGGUGAAGAAACCAUGCUGGUGUACGAGUAUUUGCCUAAUAAAAGCUUAAACAACUUCAUUUAUGGUACGUUAUACUCCCCAUGUCUCAUACUUCAUUUCAGUAAGCCUUAUUUUUUAUUCAGUUUCAAAUGA